UAAGUGACCAUUGAGCCCGCCACCAUUCUACUGCUUCCAUAAAAGGUAUUGCCGAAUAAAAAAAGUAAAGGUUGCAGCGCACAAGGAAAGGAGGGAGAGUGGAGCUUAAUAGAGACGGAGAAAAUAGAAACGACGCUCUCUCUGAAGAGGGGGUAUAGAGAUCUGAUAUUAGGAAUUGGCAAUUAGUAAUCCAUAUUCCAUACUAGUGCUGUGGAGAUGGGCGUGUCCAUUUCGGUCGUCGCCGCCGUCUCCUUCCUCCACCUCCUCGCCUUCGUCCUAGCCAUCGGAGCCGAGAGCCGCAGAAGCACCGGGAGGGUGGUGCCGGACGAGUACGACGACCGUACGUACUGCGCGUACGACUCGAACGCGUCGACGGCGUACGGCGUGGCGGCGUUCUUCGUGCUGCUGGCGAGCCAGGCGCUGUUGAGCGGCGUCACCCGCUGCCUCUGCUUCGGGCGUGGCCUGGCCGCCAGCGGAUCCCGAACCUGUGCAAUCGCGGCCUUUGUUCUCUCUUGGGUUACUUGCAUAGUAGCAGAAGCUUGCCUUGUGGCGGGAUCAGCUAGGAAUGCGUACCACACAAAAUAUGUGGGUUACUACAUCAAGCGGGACUUGACGUCGUGCGCAGCACUUCGGAAGGGGGUCUUCGCCGCGGCAGCUGCUCUUGUGCUGGUCUCUUUAGUGGCAUCUCUCGUAUAUUAUUGGAACUACUCCAGGGCCGCCACCGGAGGUUGGGUGAAACACCAGAAUGAAGGCGGGGUAGGAAUGACGGAUUAUGGCACGGGUAAGGGUAAGGAUGAAUCCGGGGGUACUGCGACGGUUUGAGCAAACUUACCCAUGAUAGGUAGUCAUGUGCUUUUCCUUACAAUUAUGAGGCUUGUUGCAUGUUCUAUAUUAACUUGAAACUGUAGAGCUCAAAAAAUGUGGUUGCUGCUCUUUGUUGACUUCUCACAUGUGUUUCUUUCCGCUGAUGUCGUGACCGUGGUCGUCCGUUAAAUUUCAGUAAAGAUCAAAGUGUUCAUCAGUCAAA